CGUCUACAAUCUCCCAUCCUUCUCAAUUCGAUCUCUUCCACCAAGCCACUUCAGUACGCGACAGAAGCCAGUGAAUCAGUGAGCGACAGGCAGAGAGCUCGGCCUCGACCAACAAGAAGAAGAAGAAGAAAGAAGCAAGGCGGCAGCAAUGGCGGGCGUGGGUCGCAACAUGGUGGCGCCGCUGCUGGUGCUGAACCUCAUCAUGUACAUCGUCGUCAUCGGGUUCGCGAGCUGGAACCUCAACCACUUCAUCAACGGCCUUACCAACCGCCCCGGCGUCGGCGGCAACGGCGCCACCUUCUACUUCCUCGUCUUCGCCAUCCUCGCCGGCGUAGUCGGCGCCGCGUCCAAGCUCGCCGGCGUGCACCACGUCCGCACCUGGCGCGGGGACAGCCUUGCCACCUCCGCCUCGUCAGCGCUGGUGGCCUGGGCGAUUACCGCCUUGGCGUUCGGGCUGGCGUGCAAGGAGAUUCAUAUUGGUGGGUACCGCGGAUGGCGCCUCAGGGUGCUGGAGGCGUUCGUGAUCAUUUUGAUGUUCACGCAGCUGCUCUACGUGCUCGCGCUGCACUCCGGCCUCUUCGGGAACCAGUUUGGCAACCAUGCUGGUGCUGGUGGGUACGGAGCCGAGCACGGCGCGUAUGGCGCCGGCGACCCGCACAACAAGGGCAUGGGCACCGGCGGCGUCGCGAGGGUGUAAGCCAAGCCGGUGAUCGAUCUCGGCGUGGUCGGGCGCUGGGAUAAUAAGUAGUUGUAUGUAUGUGUCAGUGUUAGUGUGUGUCACGUACGGUGUGGGCUUAAUGCAUAGUGUACUUGGUGGUGGUGUGUGUGCAUGGCUGUAGACAUGUAGUACAUGUACACGUACCUAGUGGGUGUGUUCUUUUUGGCAGGGACACUAGUACUUGCGUACUAGUACAUGACCCGCAAAAAAAGAAGUACCUAGUACAUGGUUUGUUUAUGUGGUGUCUAGCGAGCAGCUUUCCGAUGUACUAAUCGGAUGGAUGGAUGCUCUUCUCCGUCCGCUGCCUCAGUCCCGGCAAUGUCUGCUUGGACGAAGUUUAAUUUACAAGUGGCAUGAUAUUAUCGAUUAA